AUGGAAAUUCAAGAAGAGGAAUUAAAUGUAGAAGAUCAGUUAAAUCAAACAGCUGAUCUACCAGAUGAGCAAGAAACUCCAGAGGAGCCUGAAAGUGUACCUGUAGCUGUAGCUGAUGAAGAAGCAAAAGAAAAGUUGCUGAAAUUACCUGUGGGAAGAGUUAAAAUUAUUGCUAAAACUGAUCCAGAAGUUAACUUAAUUAAUCAGGAAGCAAUGUUUCUUAUAACUAAAUCAACGGAGUUAUUCAUUGAUUCCAUAGCAAAAGAAGCUUAUAAGUAUACGGUUCAGGCGAGAAAAAAAACAAUUCAAAAAAAGGACUUACAACAAGCUAUUGAUAAUAUCGAUGCACUUGCAUUUUUAGAAGGAAUGUUGGAACAGUGGACGUAA